AUGGAGGCGCAGAAGAGGGAGAGCAGCGUGGAGCUAAUCUGCACGGAGAGGCCCGGGUGGGACCCCCUGGACGCUGCAGAGCACAGGGAUAGCCACAAGGACAGGAAAGAGCUCCUGCUGAGGGAGCUGCACAACAUAAAAACAAACCUAUUCGACAAUUCGCCCUUCUCAAGUUAUAUCCAUUUUUAUGAAAUAUACAAGAACCUGAAAUGUAUAGUGAAAUAUGAGAACGAGGUGCCAAAGGGGACUUGGUUUCUUAACCCGAUUGGGAAAAGUAAAACAUACCUCCUUUACCUUGCGUAUAUUCUUUUUUUACUGUUAUGUAUAUGCCUGUUAUUUCGCGUGCAGACAAUGGUUAGAUUUCCGUGGGGUGCCAACACACAUUAUCACCCGUGUGAAAUUCAUUUCCACGUUUUCUCCACGUUUUCCGUUUUGGCCUAUUGCCUGCUAAAUUUAUAUAUCAUUUUUCUUACAUACAAAACGUUUCUCCACCAUGUGGAUGUGAUGUGCCUAAUCAUCCUGCAAAUGUUGUACAAUGUGUACAUACGAGAGAAAAACAAAGAAAUUUAUCGGAACACAGAAACUCUCAUCGAGGGGUGUAAAAAGAUGUUUAGCCACUUGGACAGGAAAUUUGACCACAUGGUGCUACUCCACGCUGAUGAAGUUUUCAACAAAUUUACACACAUAUUCAAGUAUAUAAGUAGGAACAGCUACACGAAGUGGGGGGAAAUCGGUACACCAACGAAAUGUGGCGAGCUCCUCAAGGAAAUUGGGCACCCGAGGGAGAAGGCGGAAAGAGGAAAGAGGGCCAGGGGGGUACCGAAGAAAUCAACCUCUGAUAACCAGGCAUGGGAGAGUAACCUCCUCCGCAACAACGGGUUAUGGAGCAAUCCACACACAGAUAAAGACGCCGCGUUGGCCCCCACAAAGCGUGCAGUUUCCGUAAUUAUAAAUAACGAUGAUUUAUACGAAGAAUUGAAUAUUCCCCCAGGGGGAGACAUCCCCAAUUACCACUGUGUGGAAAUGGACAGAAAAAAUAUUUUCAACAUUUUUGGAAACUCAAUUUAUUCAAACAUUUACAAUAUUAGCAAUUACAUGAAGUAUAAUCAAAACUACAUCCACUCAUUAAUGAUCCAGAAAUGUAGCGAUAAAAUAAAUUACAUCAAAUACAUUUUUUUCUUCAUUCCCUACGUAAUUAAUUUGUGUGUAAAUUUACUUAUAAAUUUUUACAUCCUUUUCUCCGUUUAUUAUUACAACAAUGCCGUUCCUUUGGUCCCACCUUACGAGCUAGCCAAAAUGCAUAUUUUAAAUUUGCGAAAUUAUAAAGGCAUAUAUUACAUUCUGUUCAUAUUUUUUUUUAAUUUUUUUUUUUUUUUAUAUGCUCUCUUCCUUUCCAAAUUAAAUAUCAUACAGGUCUUCCUCAACCAGAUUUACAAGAAUUGCAAAUACGAGUCCAUUUACUACUGCGAACAUGUCAUGAAUGAGAUUUAUGAAAACUGCAUUUUUUCCCACAUUGUACAGAUAGUACUGAACAGAAAGGGCGCCAACAGGGUGAGUCAUGAAGGGGCCAAAGGAGACGCCCUUUUGGAGAAGGUACCUAACCAGGCAAGGUGGAAAGGCCUAUCCCCAGACGCUUCUCAAGAUUACCAUGUCGAGGUCCAUAACCCAAGCGGAGCUCCGAACGAUGUUGGUUACACCCUCCAGAAGAAGAAUCCGAAUGUCCACAGGAACAAAUCCCACGACAUUAACUUUCGAACGUGUCAAGAGGUAGAUUCCUUUUUUGGUAACAAGGAUUCCCACCGGGAGUAUGACCACUCUGAGUGCACUAAGUAUUUCAGCAUGAGUUAG